AUGAGUGCCCGCGAAGGCCGUUCGGCCAAGGUACUCAGCUGCUCCAAUUGUCGCACACGCAAGAUUAAAUGCGACAAGAUACAACCUCUUUGCGGCCAGUGUUCCCGCUUUGGACUCGACUGUGUGUUUCCGUCGAGGAAGCCCACUCGACGUGCACCAAGACCGCGCCAGAGUGAACUCCUCGACAGGAUCAGUCGCCUUGAGAGCAUCGUCAACCAGGCAGACCCCGCCAAGCUGAAGCAGUUGGAUGAGGGCGAUAUUGAGGCCUUACCAGAGAAGAAUUUGCUAUCAGCCACGUUAGAUGAUCGCUGUGAUGAGUCGCAAGCUGCUGCCGCUCAGAUUGCCAAUUUAGAAGUUGGCGAGCAGUAUCUCAGCUCAGGCUUCUGGGGGAACUUGUGUGCAGAGGUUGAGGGUAUCCGACAAGCACUGAACCAACCGUCUGAGGAUGACGAUGAUGACGAAGAGGGCGACAGUCCAGAGUCAUUAGAUACCGGCUCAACAGGUCCUUCCGGCUUCUUACUCGGAAACUCUGAUUACAGCUCACGGCAACCUCUGGUACAUCCUCCUCCGAACAUGAUGAUACGUCUCUGGACCAUUUACAUUCGCAACGUCGACCCUCUCAUGAAAAUCAUACAUCGCCCUACUAUUAACAAUCACUUUCAAGCCUAUAUCAAUUCACCAACAACACACACCUUUAGUCCUGAAAUCAACGCUGUGAUAUUCGCCAUCUACUUCUGCGCAGCAGUUUGCUUAACGCCAGAGUCCUGUUGGAAACAGCUGGGCGAGAGCAAAGAGGCUCUGACAAGGCGAUACCGCGUUGCUGUCGAACGCGCUCUUGCCGAAGCAGACUAUCUGAGCUCUACCAGCCUCGAGACUCUUCAAGCCCUGACCCUCUACACCAGCAUGAUACGGGUACAUCUACACGACCGUACAUCUUGGGUGCUUAAUGCUCUCAUUAUCCGGAUCGCCCAAGGACAAAAUCUUCAUCGCGACGGCGAUGGCCAUCGUUUCACUCCGUUUGUUGCCGAAAUGAGAAGGCGUCUGUGGCAUUUCAUCGUUGUCCUUGAUAUCCGCGGAUCGGAAGACAGAGGUAGCGAUGCAACACUUACUCGGGCAACAUUUGACACCAUCGAGCCAACAUCGAUUGACGAUGAUGACUUUGGACCCGACUCGACUUCUCUAACUCCAAAGUCGACGCCUGCCGAGAAUGUCAUCUGCCUGUGUACAGCCAUGUGUUCCGGCAUCUUCGGUUUCAUAUCACACCCCCACUACAGUGUGAAAGGUGAGCCGGAGAACUUUCUAUAUACAGAAGACGAACUUAUCUCCCAUAUCCGCCAACUCGAAACAACCUUCAUCCAUACUGCCCGACCCUCCCACAUCGCCUCCGUCUACGCCUCUGAAAUUGCUCGCAUCGUUAUUCUCAAGUUAUGGCUCAACAUCCAAUACCCUUUCAACGGUGGGCCGGCUCCCGACCGACCCCGCGUAUCAAAAGAAACCAUGCUCCGUACUGCAAUCUCAAUUAUUGAGCUGCGUGAGCGCAUGACCAAAAACCAGUGGGAAGAUCGCUGGGCUUGGUGGACAGACACCUAUGUGCAGUGGCAUCCUCUAGCAGUCGCGUUAGCUGAGCUUUGCGUGCAGACUGAGGGAGAGUUGGUGGACAAGGCCUGGGUUGUCGUGGAGCGGACCUUUCCUUCAUCACGAGAGCACAUUGCAGAUACAGCCAAGGGCUCACUCUGGCGACCUAUCAAGAAAUUGCUCAAGAAGGCGCGGGCUGCGAGAACGGAAGCGGUGUUAAAACGUAUGGAUUUUAAUGCCGGCAUGAGUCUGGAUGCUACAUCAUUCAUGCCCCCAGUUAUGGAUGCCAUGACCCAAUCACUGCAGUACGACACAACUCAACAAAUGAUACCAACAUCAGGACCAGGCCUGACGCAACAAUACGAUACGUGCAGUAUGGAUCCUUCGAUAUUGUUCGAUCCGCCAGAGGUUUUGAACCUCGACUUUGGUUUGGGGCUAGAGCAAGGUGUACCUAUGGAAUGGUCAUAUUGGACAGAAUUUUUCAACGAUACACAAUUAGAUAAAUCUCCAGGAAGCGGAACAGGCGAGUCAUCUUCUUAA